AUGAACCCUGAGACGAGAACAUACAGGUUCCCCAAACCUCAAUAUUCGGGGAAAAAUGGGUUUCUAUCACAGUUCACGGACCCAGCGCAAAUCACAGACAAGAAUGAGGAGGAGGCAAUCGAAAAGCACCGGCAGUUCGAAUUCUUCUUGGAACAUCAGAAAAGAGAGGUACCAGAUUUGGAAACGAUGGCGGCUGAGCUUAAUCGAAAGGACGAUGCUGCAUCAUUGAAGAAACAAAUCGAUGAUUUACAAGUCUUGCAUGAGAACGAUCUUCAACGAUUAUACGACUUUAAUGUGAAUGAAUAUCUGGAAUCUAUUCAGAGCCAGCAUACCUCCAGGGACUACACUGCCCAACGACCAGAAGUUUAUGAAGCAGAAAGAGCGGCCAUAGAUGAACUCUUCGACAUGGAACGACGAGGUCUUCAAAUUAAAUGGGAAGAUCGGUAUCAGCAGCUUCAUUAUGCUCAUUUGUCAGAAGUCCUGGCAUUGACAGCAGAGAAAAAACGUAUCGAGGAGGCAGAAGAAAAGGCGCGCCAAGAGGAAGCAAGAGCGUUCCCCUUGACGGCAGCUGACUACAAUAGGAAAGCGCCAGACAUGAAGCUUCGUGUCGCCCUUUUCUUGACGGCCGACAAAAACAGACAGGAGCGAUACCUAGAUGAGCAUGGCUGGGCCUGGCGGCAGGUGCAGCCACUCUGCGAUGUCUUUAAGAAAGAUAUGCAGUUUGCUGCCAACGUGCGCGCUCUUGUUAUUAAUAAUGCUAUGGCUCCCAAACCAGCAGCACCAGUGGCCCAGAAGUACACUCCAACGACGGAUCCUAGAAAGAGGCCUCCCGCUGCUUAG